AUCAUUUUCUGUUGUUUGUUUAGAUUCAUCAUAUGUGCCUCUUUGUAUGCAUUGUAGGAUCCCCACAGGUUUAUUCUAAGCAUGGAAGCUCCUACCCUUCUGCUGCUGAAGGACACUUCCAAACUCAUGUUCAAGCAAUGAACAGCCUAAGCACUAUGAGCUUAAUGAACUCCAACUACAUGACAAGAACUCUCAAGGGCGUUUAUGAUGUUAAAGAAAACUCUUUUAUUCCCACCUCGAAUGCUCCUCGUGCUGGACCGAGAAACUCAGUUUUUGGAGCUCCAACUUUGGUAAAUGCCACCAGCUCUCGAGCACCACCACCACCGAACUCCAUGGGGAAUACGGCUGGUGGAGGCUCAAUGAGCAGGGCUUUGGUCUCUGAUGGAGGAAGUAUACUGAGCUCUACGGGGAGUAUGGGUGGUGGAGGCUCAAUGAGCAGGGCUUUGAUCUCUGAUGGAGGAAGUAUACUGAGCUCUACGGGGAGUAUGGGUGGUGGAGGCUCAAUGAGCAGGGGAUUGAUCUCUGAUGGAGGAAGUAUAAUGAGGUCUACGGGGAGUAUGGGUGGUGGAGGCUUAUUGAGCAGGGUUUUGAUCUCUGAUGGAGGAAGUAUGAUGAGCUCUAUGGGGAGUAUGGAUGGAAGUACUGAACAUAAUAGAUCAAUGAUGAUUGGGCUCCAAGGAUCCCCACAGGUUUAUUCUAUGCUUGGAAGCUCCUACCCUUCUGCUGCUGGAGGACAUUUCCAAACUCAUGUUCAAGCAAUGAACAGCCUAAGCUCUAUGAGCUUAAUGAACUCCAACUACAUGACAAGAACUCUCAAGGGCGUUUAUGAUGUUAAAGAAAACUUUUUUAUUCCCACCCCGAAUGCUCCCCGUGCUGGACCGAGAAACUGUGGUCUAAACAGUGUUCCUUAUGCUAGAUUCUAUAAUAGGUUUGGUGAUUAUAUUCUUCUCACCAUUGGUUAAUUAUUUUUACUGUGACAGUUUUUGGAGCUCCAACUUUGGUAAAUGCCACCAGCUCUCGAGCACCACCACCACCAAGCUCCAUGGGGAAUACGGCUGGUGGAGGCUCAAUGAGCAGGGCUUUGGUCUCUGAUGGAGGAAGUAUACUGAGCUCUACGGGGAGUAUGGGUGGUGGAGGCUCAAUGAGCAGGGCAUUGAUCUCUGAUGGAGGAAGUAUACUGAGCUCUACGGGGAGUAUGGGUGGUGGAGGCUCAAUGAGCAGGGGAUUGAUCUCUGAUGGAGGAAGUAUAAUGAGCUCUACGGGGAGUAUGGGUGGUGGAGGCUUAUUGAGCAGGGCUUUGAUCUCUGAUGGAGGAAGUAUAAUGAGCUCUAUGGGGAGUAUGGAUGGAAGUACUAAACAUAAUAGAUCAAUGAUGAUUGGGCUCUAAGGAUCCCCACAGGUUUAUUCUAUGCCUGGAAGCUCCUACCCUUCUGCUGCUGGAGGACAUUUCCAAACUCAUGUUCAAGCAAUGAACAGCCUAAGCUCUAUGAGCUUAAUGAACUCCAACUACAUGACAACAAAAAUAAAAAUAUAUAAACCCUUUUUGAUUCUUUUUUUUUUUAAUUAAUUUGAAUCAAAUAUUAACUUCCACUAUUUUUUUGGCAUAAUAUUUAGAGAGUGUUUUUGUGAUGAUCAUAUCCCUACUGAAUUAUUACUAAUCAUCUUCAUGAUCCACUGUGAUGCUACCCCUCAUAAUGUUCAUAAUUGUUUAAAAUUUUCAUGGCUUAAAAAAUGAGAAAUUGGCAGGACUACACCCAAACAUCCAUAUAACACGUUAUAUACCCCUGAAUCUUUAUUCUAUUUUAUUCUGACGAUUUUACCCCUCUCACCUAGAGAACCUACGGCUCAUAGCACUGGUCUGCGUUUGGUUGCGUGUCAGAAGCUCCCUUCAUUUCCAUUGGACAAAACUCUGGUUCGUGACUCUACACGCUAUUUUCUCUUUUCGUUUCUCUAUUUUUUUUUCUUUUUUUUUUACUCUAAUAUCCUUUAUUUUCUUGUUUUUUUCAUCUUUCUUCUCUACUUUAUAAAAUUAAAUAAAUCUCUAUCAAAUUAAAUUCUCCUCUAUUUUAUCAGGUCUUUACAGAGUAAGUGUACAAUAUAUAUGUAUUACUAAGCAUCUUCUUUAAUCGCUAACUUAACUUUUGAGUGAAACAAUUUCUUUUGAUUGUAAUAAAAUUAUAUAUAUUUCUUUUUUUUUUCAACCACGAUUUGUCUUACAACACAACCGAAGUAUAAUGUUGGUUAAUCACAUUUGUUAAUUGAUAACUAUAUUUGUACACGAUAACAUUUUAUUUAACGAGUACAUUUUUAAAUUAACAAUAUUAUCUUGAUGUUACUAAUAAUGUUUACUCUUUAUACAAAAAUAUACAAAAUAUUUUCUAAACUGUUCUCAAUAUGCUUGUAUCCAUCUUUCCAUUCACAAGUAAUGCGACUUGGAUAAACCCCUAGCAAUUUGUUAUAAGCUAUUUUUUGUCAUUAUUAAAUUUUAUAAAGUUGCCCUACACACAAUUUGUCUUAAAACAUAUCCCAAAUACAGUUAUGGUUAAUCACAUUUUCAUUCACAAAUAUCACAAUUUGGGUAACACUUUCGCAGUCUGUUAGUUGAUAUUUCUAUGUGUAAACGUAAACAUUUUAUUUAACAAGUACAAAUUAACAUAACUAUAUUAUUUUACUAUUACGAAUAAAGCUUAUGUCUUUAUACUAAAUCAUACAAAAUAUUCCUUAAACAUUAUAUACUAGAUUAUAUUAAAUCAUACAUAAAUACCUUAUGCUAAAGUUUCAUAUUUAUCUCUAGCAAUCUAUUAGCUGAUAUUUCUAUACAUAAACGUUAACAUUUUAUUUAAAGGGCUAGUUUGGAAUAGUAUUCUCAGAUUUGGUCGUUAUCGAUGAAUAUAGCAUGCUAACAUAUAACUUAACAUAAGUAAAGUUAUGAUGGUGAGAUUUAGCUCCCACACUAAACAACAUAUCAAUUAUCAAACUAUUUAUCAAACAAUGUAUCAGUUAACAGAAUAACUAGUUUGUUAGGUGAUAAAUAGUUUGAUACAUUAUAUGUUUAUUGUAACAUCGUUUUCAUACAAAGUUGUUUGUUGAUAAAUGUUUUGUUAUCUGAUACAUAUUCUCCUUAGCUCACACAUUGUUUUUACACCAUCACUUUUAUGUAUAUUACCAAAGAAUGAAUAAUCCUAUUAUCUAUUAUGUAUAUCGCCACUAAUUGGUAAAUGGUUUGAUGUUACCAAAUAGCUGUCGUUAGUUGUUACAUUUUCUGUUAGCUGAUAAAUAAUUAGUUAGAUGAUACAUUAUUUGAUACAUAGUUUGAUAAAUAAUUUGUUAUCUCGUAUAUGUUUUGAUAGUUGGAGCAUAAAUUGACACUAAAUAAUUAUAAGUAAUUGAUAAAAUAUUACAAAAUUUUUGUCCAAAACUGAUAUUUUGUUAGCUGUAAAAUGGAUUGUUACAUGAUUUGUGAGUCCAUGUCUUGCUUGAUAAAUAAUUUGUUAUAUGAUACACAAUUUUUUAUCUGAUACAUAGUUUGUUAGCUGAUGAAUCGGACCCAGUUGAGGUUUAACAUCUUUUUCUUUCGACAUAUGCUCUCAUUUUUCUCUUUACCGUUAUCACUUAAGUCUUUUGUUACUUGAUAAGCAUCGACAAUAGCAACUACAAAUAAAAUUAUCAUUACCAAAUUUGUUAGCAAUUAAACCGUUUUGACUCAUAGAUUCCAUUCUUUUAUGUCAAACACUUCCAUUACAUACAUGAAGAUAUCAAGACUUAUGACUUGAUUGUUAUCUCUUUACCGUUAUCACUUAAGUCUUUUGUUACUUGAUAAGCAUCAACAAUAGCAGCUACAAAUAAAAUUAUCAUUACCAAAUUUGUUAGCAAUUAAACCGUUUGUUUAGACCCUUCAACACUUAUCUUCUUCUACACCACAAUCAUUAUCACAUUUAUCUUUUAUUUCUUUAUCAUAGCAAUAUUUAACAACUACUUACUUGUAGAUUCCAUUCUUUUAUGUCAAACACUUCCAUUACAUACAUGAAGAGAUCAAGACUUAUGAUUUUAACCUAAUUGGUAAUUCCAUUAAAAAUCAAAAGCAAACCUGUUCAUCAUCAUUCUCAUCGCCACUAGUGUCAUGAAAAGUAGAAAAUGAAGCAAGGCAAGAAGAGUGGAGAGAAGAAAGGAGAUUCACUGUAUUUCUCAUCUUUCUUUUACCUUUCUCGUUGUGCUCCGCCCAGAUGUCAUCUUCUUCUUGACAUUGAAACCCAAUUUUUUCAGUGAACAUACAUAAUCAAAAAUCUUAAUUUUUGAAUUACAAAUCGGAAAAUUCUGAGAAUGCGAAGUUUCUGGGAGAACUGAAUGUAACUAACUGUAAUUUUUUUAUCAAAAAGAAAUUCUUUUAGAUGAUUGAAAUUAUCUUAGAGGAGAGAGAUUUUUAUGGGAAGAGUGUGGUGUGAAGCUGAUUGGAGGAAACAUGUGGUGGAGCAGCCCCUAACCUGCACAUCCACAAACUCGAACAGUGAUCUAUGAACCUGAUAUGCUUUUUCGUUCACCUGCUCUGUCAGGGUGCGAUGCCCAACAAGCUGUAGUCAAGAGGGGUGUUUUCGGUAUUACAAUGCGUAAAGUGUAUGAGCUGGACCAGUUCUUUCUUUUCAUGGAUAGUUCACUAAUAAGAGCUCCUAUUAGGGAUAUUGAGCUAAUUGUCCCUUAAAAAAUUCAUUAUUU